AUGAGCAGCGAUAGUAGCACCAACCCCCAAACGACAGCGGUCGCUGGCGGCACCAGUACCGAACCCACUCCCGCUAACGAUGUCGGCGGUGGAGAAGGAUGGGGCGACAGGCUGUGGUUAGGUGGCAAAAAUGAGGGAUUGGGUCACGCAGGGGCCACCAAUCCUAGAUCAACAAUGGGCGACUUCCUCGCUUUGAACGAUCAGAAGACGCGUGCGCAAAAUAAGUACCUUGAGCGUGAGAGCUUGCUUCAUGCCGAGGUUAAGCCUAUGAAUGUCGAAGGAGAGCCGACUUGCGCCACUGAAGAUCAUAGUUUUAUGAGCCGUAAGGCCGGUGACCCGGAUACUUAUCCUGGGUGGAGUACACUUAAGAACUUUUUCGGCAGGUGA